UGAUCUGUUUCCCCUUCUUUAUAACCGGUUCUUCACUGGUAAAACGAACAUCCAGCACUCAAAACCGCUCGUUCUUUCUCCCACCCUUUUCCUUUUUUUCCUUUCUCCAUUGAUCUAGUCAAUUUGCAAUGAAAAGAAGCAGGAAAAGCACAUCUCAACAAUCUCCGGCGAGCAGCCCACAGUCGGACGCCGACAUGUCCGGCUCUUCCAAAGAACAGGACCGCUUCCUCCCCAUCGCCAACGUUAGCCGCAUAAUGAAGCGCUCUCUUCCAGCGAACGCCAAGAUAUCAAAAGAAGCCAAAGAGACAGUGCAGGAGUGUGUAUCCGAGUUUAUCAGCUUCGUAACCGGCGAGGCUUCUGAUAAGUGCCAGCGGGAAAAACGAAAGACAAUCAAUGGGGAUGAUCUUCUUUGGGCCAUGAGUACCCUUGGAUUUGAUUCCUAUGUAGUUCCGCUAAGGACUUAUCUUAACAGGUAUAGGGAAAGCGAAGGGGACAAGAAUUGUAUGGCAAGGCAGCAGGAGCCCGAAAACGUCUCCGGAGAUCGUGACCAGUCCCUCAGCUUUGAAGACGGAAGCGGCGUCACUAACGAAGUUUUGGCAGCGACGGCAGCGGCCGCCGCCAGAUUUGAUGGUGGGUUUUAUAAUCCGGCGCCGGGAUUUGGAGGAGGGCGUGGAUUUCUUAGGAAGAACGGUAGUGGAGCUCAUGACGGAGGCCAAGGUGGUGGAAGGCCUGCUUUUCCCGGCCAGUUUCAUGGCUCUCGCUGGAACCCGUUUUAGGAGAAUCGGCCGCCUGCUCAAAUUCCUUACAAUUUUUAACAGUAUUUUUAAAUUAUAUAUCAUAUGCGUUUAUGAGAUAGUAUUAAUUUUCAAAUUCUAUUUGUUGUUUUUAGUUUCUAGAUUGUUCGUGUAAUGAAGUUGUUCAUGACAUUUGCAUUCUCUCCAAUUAUCAAAGUUGGUGUAUGGUAUAAUUAUUCAG